AUGGACGCGGCCAAGAUGGACGAGAAUGAAUGGACGUACCACGGGGAGGGCAACAAGAGCCUGGUCGUGGCGCACGCGCAGCGGUGCGUGGUGCUGCGCUUCCUGAAGUUCCCGCCGAACCGGAGCAAGACGUCUGAGGAGGUCUUUCGCCAUCUGCAGAACAUAGUGGACUUCAGCAAGAACGUCAUGACGGAGUUCUUUGGGGAGAAUUACGUGCAUUAUGGGGAGGUCGUUCAGCUCCCCCUGGAUUUUGUGAAGCAGCUCUGUUUAAAGAUUCAGGCGGAAAGACCAGAAUCUCGCUGUGACAAAGACUUGGACACGCUCAGUGGUUAUGCAAUGUGCCUUCCGAACCUCACCAGACUACACACCAGCCAUUUUGCAGAACACCGACCCAUUCUGUGUGUAGAGAUUAAGCCAAAAUGUGGAUUCCUUCCCUUCUCCAGACACGUGGCCCAGGAGAUGAAGCGCAGAGUGUGUCGGUACUGUAUGCAUCAGCACCUGAAGGUGGCGACUGGCAAGUGGAAGCAGAUCAGCAGAUACUGUCCCUUAGACCUCUUCUCAGGAAAUAAACAGAGAAUGCACUUUGCCUUGAAAAGUUUGUUACAGGAAGCACAGAACAACCUCAAGAUAUUUAAGAACGGGGAGCUCAUCUACGGCUGCCGAGACCAGCGGGACGCGGCGGCCGACUGGAACGAGCUGGCUCGCCACCUCAAGCCCUUCUUCUACCCGUCCAACGGGCUGGUGGGCGGGCCGCACUGCACGCGCGCCGUCAUCAAGGAGCUCAUCCACGUGAUCACGCAGACCCUGCUCAGCCCCACGGACAAGGGCCGGCCGGCCGACGGCCGCGGAGGCCCGAGCGCGCAGGCCCGGAGCUGCUGCGAGGCCAGCCCCUUCGGCCGGGAGCCGCCGCGGCACGGGAAGAGCCUGGCCGAGGGCUCGGGGCUGCCCCGGGGCUGCCUGCUCUACAAGACGCUGCAGGCCCAGAUGCUGGACCUCCUGGACAUCGAGGGCCUCUACCCGCUGUACCGCCGUGUCGAGCGCCACCUGCAGGAGUUCCCCGAGCAGAGGUGGGUGCGCCGGCCCGGCAGGGCUCCCCCUCGGGACCCGCCAUCCCUGCUUUGGCCACACGAGGGCGCCGCUGCCCCAGCUGUGGCCGAGCCCCUGUGGUUGAUCCUGAAGGCCCAGCUCCGAAGGGAGCCGGGAGGCUGUCGGGGCCCUGAAAAGCUGCUGCGCCUGGACGGAAGGGGCUGGGACCGAAGUCCCCGCGUCCAUCCGAUGCAGGGAAUGAGCCGACAGGAAGUGAUUACGCGCCGGCAGCGCGCCGAGCGGCCCCCAAGAAGGGCCCGAGACCCACGGCUGGGAGGUGAAGGGGGCAGCUUCUGA